UGUUUUGUAAAAUGUCAAAGUGACAAAAUUCUAAUAUUUUGAUUUACGGGAGCAGAAAGCAGACCCCUACUAAACAAUUUAAGUUGACAAAGUUGUGAAGAAUGAAUUCAUUCUAGCCUUUUAUCUAAUUCAGUUUUCCCUGGAACUAGUGUUUGUAUAAUGGACUAACAGUGCAGAAAAUAUUUUCGCCUACGAUCUUAACCUGUUGCUAGUUAAGUUGACAGCAAAAUGUUUUACGGCAUUUCAAACUGUUGCUGUUGGAUUCACAGCUUCAGCAACUACAAGAUUGGGCACGAAGAGAGGAGUCUAAUUCAAGAUCUGACAGAUGGGAAUCUUGCCUCCUCGCAGCUCAAGGCUUUAACUGAUCAACCUGUUCAUGCUAAUAAAGAAAAAUCUGAAGCCCUUAUUAAAACUGAAGAGCUUAACAGCCAACAACUCACUUUGGAAUACAAAGAGAGAAGGCUGGACCAAGAACGGGAACUUUUUGUUCGACAACAGAGGCUUCUGCAAGAUGAACUUGAAACAAGAACAAGAGAGAUUAUGACCAUACGACGUGAGAAGACUUCAAGAGUGCUAGAACUCGAAGAACUAGAAGAAAACAUUGAAGCCAUGUCACCUGCGGCUUCUCGGUUGUUAAAAUCAGGAAUGACCCUAACUCAGAUUUAUAGUCAAUAUGUGUCUAUUUCUGAGCAAAUGCUAUUUGAAGAGGAAGAGAAUAAGAAAUUGAAUAACUACAUAGAUCAAAUUCUUCAGGAACACGAGGAUCGAGCGCCAACCAUAGCUCGACAACGCGAAGAUAGUAUCCUCAAAGAAAAGAAAGAAAAGGAGGCUGCUUUAGACAGUCAAAUUCAAGCACUUCAAGGACAGUUAGCUGAAUUAAGAGCCCAGAACGUGCGUUUAAGCACCCACAAUGAAUAUGCCGAUUCAAAGGAAAAACCAUUGCAGGGCAACUUGGAGUCUUGCAAGAAACAACUUAACGCUUUAGAAGAUAAGAAUAAGAUUUAUGCCUGCACAAUUGCUAAACACGAGCAAAGCAUUGCAGUUUUACGAGACGAAGCGAUGAAUGCUCAGCAACUGCUUGCAAGCGCAGAGAUAAAAGUUUCGAUGCUUCAAGAAGAAAAGCAACUACUUCAAGAUCUUGAAAAAAGCCUUACAGUUGAAAGAAAUGCAUUGGUAAGCGAGCGACGUAGCCAAGGCCUUCUUCAUGCCAACGCAAAUUUUAAUUAAAGGUGUAACAGUUUGCAUGAAUAUUUACGCCGCCCAUCACAAUCCGGAAUUUUUCCCUGAUCCGGAAUCUUUCAAACCGGAUCGAUUCCUGCCGGAGAACAGCGUCGACGACAUCUGUACGCUUUUAUUCCAUUUAGCGGUGGCGUCCGCACUUGCAUCGCGCAAAAAUACGCCAUGAUUGAGCUGAAAGUUUGUCUGGCCAACAUUUUACGGAAAUCGAAAUUUUCUCUUUCCGAUCCAUCGGCAUGAAAAAAAAAUAAAUAAGUUUGCAAUGGCGUUGCUGCAACUUCACGCGCCAUUGGCGGAGAAGACUCAUCCGAAUGCCAUAUGCUGAAUGCCAUAUCGCCCUUUCCGGAUGCUUCCGAGACGCGGACGUCUUUCGAAUUUGAUUAUUCAGCCCUGGCGUUGCCCGUUCCGCUGGAAUUCGCUGACACGGACCGUUUGCAAGAUGUGCCUAUCGACGGCUUUGAUAAAGAGACUGAAGGCUGCGAUGUUCCGACUAUACCGGUGGAGAGUUUAAAUGUUAUAAGUUAUAUGUUAUACGUCGCAUGUUAUAAGUAACGUUGAUGAAAUAAAUAAAAUAAA